AUGAUCCCUCCCGGCAUCCUCCUGCGCGCCCACCACGGCGCCCUCAUCGACUCCCACGCCGCCGUGUUCCGCCUCAACAACGCCCGCAUCUCAGGCUACGCCGCGCACGUCGGCAGCAAGACCAACUACUCCUUCAUCAACAGCAACAUCCUUCACCUCUGCGCGCGCCGACCCGGCUGCUUCUGCCACCCCUACGGCCACGACGUCCCCAUCCUGCUCUACAUCUGCCAGGCCGCCCAUUUCCUCGACGUCGCCGCCUGCAACGCCACCUCGUCCUCCCGCCACGGCUCCCCCAUCUCCGUCACCGACGCCCGCCUCGACGUCCUCUGCGCGCGCAUCGUCAAGUACUACUCCCUCCGCCGAUUCGUCGCCGAGACCGGCCGCGCGCCCGAGGAGUGGGACCGCGCACACGAUGCCGCCAUGUUCCAUUACUCGUCCGGGAUGCAGGCCAUCAUGGUCGCGGUGGGAGUGUGUGACAGAGUCAGCGUGUUCGGCUUCGGCAAGUCUUCCGACGCCAAGCACCAUUACCAUAGCAACCAAAAGGCGGAGCUAGACCUCCACGACUACGAAGCGGAGUACGCUUUCUACCACGACCUCUCCGAGCAUCCGCAGGUAGUCCCGUUCCUCAAGGAUUCCGGGCUCGCCGUCCCGCCCGUCGUCUUCUACCAUUAG